AUAUCGAUCAACAAGCAUGUCCAGUGGCCACUCUGGCCGAUAACACCCCGAAUCCGAUGCACACAACCUGGCUACCUGUCGCGAAUUAAAUACGCGCAUACAUAGGUUGUUUUGAAGCCGGUCACUACGUAAAUACACCUAUUAUCAGUAACGGCGGUGUUCAACCGGCCUCGGAGCCUCCAGAGAGCGUCGGGUGAAAGUCACCGCGCAGAGUCGCAGACGCACACCUCACCUCAAGUGAUAAACACGCUUCUACAACUGCGCCUAACGAGUAUAUCGAUUCGCGAUUAAAUUAUUGACAUUUCCAAACAAAUAAACAAAAGAGCGGUCGACCGAUGCGCAAGCGCCACGCGACGCGUCACAUUAUCACGUUCAACGGAGCGCUGUAAGAGCUGAUCGUCUGAUAGUGUGGUGCGGAGGCGCGGGACCGCCGCCGGCGCACGCUGCGAACCACCGUGCGAGCCGCGAGUGCGCCCUCAGUCGCGACCAUGUUGACAACGAGCGCCGUCGUAGUGCUGGUGCUGGCGCUGUGCGCCGCCGACACCGGCAGCCCGGGCCCCGGCCAGGGCCCGCCAGCCACCAGCGCAGCGCCCGCGCCCACCCAGCUGGACGUCGCCAACGACACGCUGCCAGCUGAACAAUACUUCAUUGACAAAAUAUUCGACAAGUACGGAGAUAAAGGCGUCAUUACAUUUGAGGGUUUCGAGCACCUGCUAGACAGCCUGGGGCUCGGUGGCCGUGUGUUCACGUCGCCGCACGACCUCGCCAUCCAUCGCAUCAACGGCACCUUCCGACAGCUGCAUGACCAGCAGCACAGGCACCGCAGAUCUCCACCUCCUGCUGAACCCAUCUUGCAAAAACCAUGUCUGUCUCCGAGAGAAAUUUUGGAAGUGUAUGGGAUGGAAAACGAAGCACCUGGAGUGAUAACAAUCAGGCCAAAAACGUUCCUGGAAAUGUGUCCCGCCUUAGUAUAUCAGCUAGAUCAACGGUCUUGUUACAAAACAGAAGCACCUGCACCAAAAUUGGACAAGUUUUGGACUUGGAUAUAUGCCACAUUAAGUAUAUUAGUCAUAAGUGCAACGGGGCUUCUCGGAGUAGCAAUAGUGCCAUUACUAAAGUCGGUGAUAUUCAGCCACGUUCUGCACUUCCUGGUGGCUGUAGCUGUCGGUACUCUGUGCGGAGACGCGCUCCUGCAUCUACUGCCGCAUGCACUGAAAUCACACGGCCCUCCCUCAGCCCCGCAGGAAGAAACCGAAGUUGUUUUAAAAUGCAGUGUUACCUUCCUUACGAUUUUACUUUUCUACAGUGUCGAAGCAAUAAUGCAAACAAUAAAUGGAGGUCACGCACAUUCUCACGAUUCGGGAAUAUCAGUCACCGACAUAAAAUCGGAUUCAGGAAAACAAAUAGAGCCAAUAGAACUCGGCGCAAUGAUGCCGGGUUCACCUCCGCCGCCGGUCGAUCGACCGAUGACGUCUACAGCGCUCAUGGUGAUUGUAGGAGACGGACUACACAAUUUGACAGAUGGGCUAGCAAUUGGAGCGGCCUUUAGCGGAGAUCCGGUAACUGGUUUCGCAACAGCAUUGGCCGUGUUUUGUCACGAGCUGCCUCAUGAGCUCGGAGAUUUCGCUGUGCUGUUACGCUCCGGAAUGAGUAUCAAGCGUGCACUUUAUUACAAUCUACUUUCUUCAGUGCUCAGUUUUAUGGGCAUGGCAGGUGGAAUCUGGCUUGCAGAAGAUCAUGAAUCUGCUUCCCAGUGGAUCUAUGCCGCAACAGCCGGAACAUUCUUUUACAUAGCACUUGCAGAUUUAGUGCCAGAAAUUAACGAGAACAACCAUGGCAAAAGUAUUAAUUUACUACUUGCAAUUUUGGGAAUACUCUCGGGUGGCAUUAUAAUGUUAAUGAUUGCUCUUCACGAAGAUUCAAUUCAAUAUCUUUUUAGAAAUGCAGAACAAUAAACCUUAGUCAAAUUAAAAACAAUGCUCGGUUAUGAAUACUUAUAUGACGUGACUUGACGUGUGCGUUAGUGAGACUACUGUGCGUUCACGAGAUGUUUUUCGUCAAAAGU